AUGAUGGCGAUGAGCAACAAUGAUGCCUCUCAUUUCUCUUUCAACCCGGUUGCCUUCUUCCUCCUAGUAAUCGGAACUCCUAUAGCUACUGUGGCAGGGGCACUCCUGCUUCAGGUUGAUACCGGAAGUCCUGGCCAUGAGUUAAGUCCUUUGCUCCACGGUCUUAUGUUUGAGGACAUCAGCAACAGCGGCGACGGAGGCCUCUAUUCACAGCAACUAAGAAAUAACGCAUUUCAAGGCGGUGUGACUACCGUCGACCCCUGGACAGUUCAUUAUGGCGCGGCGGAAAUUUCCCAUGAUACCCAAACACCACUGACCAACGCCAUCACUUCAUCCCUCAAGAUUACAAUCCCCACCGGCGCUGGUGGAUUUACUGGCGUUGCGAACCCUGGCUACAGAGGCAUCAUCGUGAACGGCGGGUACUACGAUACCACUUUCUGGCUUCGUGGUGAUUUUCAGGGCGAUGUCAAGAUCCGCCUCCUAAGCAAUGAGACUGAUGUCGAACAUGGCUGGGCUAUCAUUACCGUCGACUCCAAGGCCGAUUCAUGGACGCGAUAUGAAGCCGGAUUCUGGACGACAGCCGCCGCCGAUGGGAACAAUCUCUGGGUUUUCGAGAUCUUGGCCGAGGCUCUGACUAGUGGAAGUAUCAAUCUUGGUUACCCGACCUUGUUUCCUCCUACUUUCAGAGGUAGAGAAAACGGCUUGACAGUCGAUCUGUCCGAAGCCCUCGUAAAUCUCAAACCCCAGUUUCUGAGAUUUCCUGGGGGUAAUAACCUUGAGGGAGGCGGCCCGCAUGACCGCUGGAAAUGGAAUGAAACAAUAGGGACUUGGGGAUAUGUCAACACUGACGGCCUUGGCCUCAUGGAAUACUUCCAGUGGUGUGAGGAUAUGUCCUUGGAGCCUAUCCUGGACGUAUGGGCUGGUCUCGGACUUGCGGGACUCCCACCAUUAGUAGGAGAUGAGCUUGAGCCGUAUGUUGAGGACGCAAUCCGUGAGAUUGAGUUCGUCAUUGGUGACAUCGACACGUCUGGCGGGGCACUUCGCGCGACUCUCGGACACCCAGAGCCGUACCAGCUCAACUUCGUCGAGGUUGGGAACGAAGAUAACCUCGCCGGCGGCUGUGAGUCUUACAAGCAGCGCUUUGUGCAAUUUUUCGAUGCCAUUAAAGAAGCAUAUCCGCAGAUAACUGUCCUUACCUCCACGUCUGACCGAGCCUGUCUGCCGGACCCAAUUCCCGAAGGCGCAUGGCUUGACUUCCACGACUACAAUGUGCCGGAGAAUUACAUCAACGCAUAUGACUUUUAUGACGACUGGGAUCGCGCUCAUCCUGUGUUUAUCGGUGAAUAUGCCAGGUGGGGCGUCAAAUGGUCCGAUAUGCGAGGUGCCUACUCCGAAGCAGUCUAUAUGAUGGGUUGGGAGCGCAACGCAGAUGUGAUCAAACUAGCUGCCUACGCACCUACACUACAGAAUUACGACCCUGUCAACGGCCAAUGGACGCCCAACCUCAUUCCCUUUACUAACAAACCCGAUGGCAUCGUUUAUACUCCAUCUUAUCACGUCAAAAGGAUGUUUGCUAAUAAUCAUGGCGAUGUUGUUGUCCCCGUUACAGCUGAUGCAGAGCUCAACCCUGUCUGGUGGGCAGCAAGCAUGAAAGGAGAGGGCCAAGUAAUCGUAAAACUCGCCAACUAUGCUUCCAACUCGACCGAGAUUCGCAUACAAAUCCCUGGAAAGGCAGACGUUAAAGGAUCAUUUACCUCAAUCACUGCCAGCCCUGAUAAUGCUAACUCAGUCGAAAACCCCACGCUCGUUUCCGCGCCCGCUGUGCUGGAAGUUUCUGCAGACCCUCACGGUGUUUUUACCAUCGAACUGGGGCAGUUCGGCGUUGGUGUACUCGCAGCCUGA